AUGUCCAAUGUUUCUAAGUUUUUUAAUCAAGAUAAUUCAGCGCUGAUUUAUGGGCAUAAAAAGGUUGAAACUGGGAAUAAUAUAUAUUCAUAUAUACCAUGUUUUGAAAAUAGACCUAAUUUACAAUGAAUGACAGUUUUACAAAAUACUUGAUAUAUUGAGACAAGCUCUCAAAGAAAACGUCAAAUUUUAUUCGAUUUUCAUCAAUACUGCCGCACUGCAUUAUUUAUAGCCAAAAAUCGCGCUAGAAAAUACGGCCAAAUAAUGAUUUAAAUUAUAGAAAAAUUUGAUGUAAAACUGGAUUGACAAUCAGCUUAGUAAAAACUAUGUAUUUAAAAACUAUAUCCACUUAACUUAUUUGAAAUACUGUCGUUUUUCAAUAAAUAGUGUGUUUUAAAUUAAAAAAAAUUAUUAUUUUUCUAGAAUCCUAACGAUUUGUCUUAAGUUGACGAUUUAUCAUCAAAAAUACUUGACAGCCCUGGUUUAGUGUCCUGCUCAUUUGGUAUACAAAGAGAGGAUUAGUAAACACAUGCAUAUACACAUAUACAAACGUUUGCAUUUAUGCAUAUAAAUAUACAUAUGCGUAUAUAUAAAGCAUGACAUAAACCUUUUAAGGAGAAAACGAAAAAAAAAAAAAUUAAUUUCGUAGAAGAGUUUGCGUACGAAGAGGUUAUGUUUCAAAAAUGCAGAAGCAAUUGCGAGUCUUUUUAAAGGACGUGCACUUGCACAAGUAAACAGUUUAAAAGUGUGGUUGCUCGGAGAUUCAUCAAAAUAAAUAAACAGAGAAGAAGACACAAAGAAGAUAGCAAAAAAAAAUAUCAUUCAUGGAAGUUUAUAUAUAACUCGUAAUAGCGGCUGAAAUGUUGGAAACGGAAAAUAAUAAACUCAUCGAUAAUGGUUACAUUCCAAAGGGACAAGGAGAGGUAAAACUUACAACAAAACGCCAGACGCCAGCCUUAAUGGAAGGAAGCGAAACAUCGGCUCCGAAAUUAACGAACGAUAAUGGUACAACAAAUUGCAAAUAUUCAACGGUAGUGUAUGUAAACGAUGAGAACCAUAUCGGGAACACUUCAUCAGUGCGUAUACACUCGAACUCCGUUCACGAGAACAGUGGCAAAUGGCUGUUGAAGAAGAGAUUUUUAAAAAUAAAAUAUAUUAUCCUGGCUGUAGCCUCUAUAAUCUUUGGUGCCCUGUUAGGAGCGUUGACCGUCCAUUACACCAACACCGACACUAUAUGUUAUACCACAGAAUCUAAAUUUAAACAUAACAAUAUCUGCCUUACGGAGGAAUGCGUACGUUCAGCGUCACAUUUAUUGGAUGCAAUGGAUAUAACUGUAAAUCCUUGCGAAGACUUUUUUCAAUACGCAUGCGGUACCUGGAAUAAGAAGCAUGUCAUACCUGAAGAUAAGAGUUCGAUAAGCACUUUUGAGGUGUUAGCCGAUAAUUUGCAGAUUAUACUUAAAGAUAUACUCGAGGAACCGACUAGCGGUGGCGAUAAUCAAGCGACUAUUAAAGCAAAAACAUUUUAUAAAAGCUGUAUGGACAUACCUCAAAUACGAAAAUUCGGAGAGAAGCGAUUAAAGGAAAUUCUAAAAUCAUUGGGCGGAUGGCCGGUUAUCGAAACCGAUUGGCAAUUACCGAAAAUGACUAUUGAAGAGCUUUUAGGUGAAUUGCGAAGUAAAUAUAGCGAAUCGGUAUUAGUGGAAUUAUAUGUAGGAGCUGAUGACAAGAAUUCAUCGGCUCAUAUACUCCAGAUCGAUCAAUUGUCUUUAGCUUUGCCCUCAAGAGAUUAUUAUCUUAAGUCGAGUAGUGAAAAUGCUCUCAAAGCGUAUCAUAAAUACAUGACCAAAACGGCCGUGUUGCUAGGUGCUAAACCUGAGAUUGUCGAACAAGAACUUGAUCAGGUAUUACAAUUUGAAAUACAGUUAGCAAAUGCAACAUUGCCCGAGGCCGAUCGACAUGAUACGAGUGCGAUAUACAACAAAAUAUCUUUAAUCGCAAUUCAAGCUCAAUUUCCAGAACUUAAUUGGACGCGAUUUCUCCAAGAGUCUUUAGGCCCUAAUAUAAAUUUGCAACCAGAUGAAGAGCUUGUCGUCUACGCCAUGUCAUAUCUAACGAAAAUGUGUCAAUUAUUGAAUCAAACUGAUAGAAGAAUUCUACAUAAUUACGCUCUUUGGCGUUUAGUAAUGUCCGUUAUGGCACAUAUGGUCGAUGAAUAUCAACAAGAACGAUUUGAAUUUCGUCGAAUAUUAUUGGGUAUACAAAGCGAACGCGACCGAUGGGGUCAAUGCGUAGAGUGGACUAAUAAAAAGUUGGGCAUGGCAGUCGGGGCACUGUUCAUAAAAAACAAUUUCGAUCAGAAAAGUAAAGAAAUCGCUCUUGAAAUGAUUCGCACCAUUCGUGAAGCUUUCAAUGAAUUAUUAGCGGAAAAUCAUUGGAUGGAUGACGAGACGCGGGCUGUGGCUAAAGAGAAAGCUGAUACAAUGAACGAACGCAUAGGCUAUCCAGAGAUCCUAACCAAUGUUAACGAAUUGGAGAAGGAAUAUCUCAAUCUAACUAUCAUCCCAGACAAUUAUAUGGAAAACAUUCUAAAUAUACUUACUUGGGAAACUGAGAAAAAUAUGGAACUUCUAAGGCAACCGGUUGACAAAGCAAAAUGGACAACAGAACCAGCUGUAGUAAAUGCAUUUUAUAAUCCCAACAAAAAUGAUAUCGUAUUUCCGGCGGGAAUAUUGCAACCACUUUUUUAUAGUCAGCAUUAUCCAAAAUCUCUCAAUUACGGCGGCAUUGGUGUUGUCAUAGGGCACGAAAUAACUCAUGGAUUCGAUGAUAAAGGUCGACAAUUCGACAAGGAUGGCAAUAUGAUGCAAUGGUGGAAUAACGCAACGAUUGAAGCAUUUCGCGGACGCACUCAAUGCAUUAUAGAUCAGUAUUCCAAGUACAAAGUUGAUGAAGUUGGUCAAUAUAUGAAUGGGCGUAUGACGCAAGGGGAAAACAUAGCCGACAAUGGCGGGCUAAAGCAAGCAUUUAGAGCCUAUAAAAAAUGGGUUAAACAACACGGGCCUGAACUGCUUUUGCCAGGUUUGAAUCUUACUCACGAUCAACUAUUUUUUUUGAAUUACGCUCAAAUAUGGUGCGGUUCAAUGCGUCCCGAAGAUGCCUUGACUAAAAUACGUUCCUCUGUGCAUUCGCCGGGCUCAAUACGUGUUCUUGGUCCCUUAUCAAAUUCAAAAGACUUUGCUGAAGCAUAUCAAUGCACACCGGACUCACCAAUGAAUCCAAUUGAAAAAUGUAGUGUAUGGUGAAAAAAUUCAUCGUAUGAAAUCAUUAUGAAACUUCUCAGCGUUUAAGAUGACGUAUUUGACAGUACAAUUGUUUUAGAGGCCACAACAAAGCAUAUUCAUAUUAUUCCGUUUAUGGAAAACGUGCGAAUAAAUAAUAGCUAUACUUACUUCUUUGUAGGUAUAGAUAUAUAUAUAUAUACAUACAUACAUAAACACAUAUUCGAAAGCUUCAAAUACUUGGGUAAUUUUUGUAUUAUCAGCGGAACAGUAAGAAAUGAAAUCCUUGCUUGAACAUAAAUACAUCAAUUUUAUAUUUGACAUUUUUAUGAAUAUGCACACACACGCACCGCCCCAUUAUACCCAUAUAUAUAUAUAU